AUGGGCUACGUGUUUUAUUAUCUUGCCCCACUUUUCUGAUAGGUGAUGAAUCAUUUCCAGGAUAAACUUUCGCCUAAAUAGCUUGCAGACGUUGAUACCCUUGCCAAUCCCUUUACCAGGAUCCAGGAGCCGUCAACGUCACUAUUGUACAUGACAUCGAAACUUACCCACCUUUUUUCUGUCAAUCUUGCAGCCAAAUUUCACGCUAUGAUGGAACAAACUCAAUCUGACAGCUGCGCUGAAAUCUCACUGGGAUGGGUUCCUUGACUCUGUACGUAAGGAUCCCGCUCUGACUUGACAUCGAUGAUCAUCUUUGCAACAACUAAUGAACGUGUUCAGUAACUGCACUUUAUAAUGAUAGGGUCGGUACGUGGUAUACUCAUAACCCACUACCCCGUUGCUCUUGCUUUUCCUCAUGGCGGUUCAGGCAGAUAUUCCAUCCAUUCUUACCGAUGACGAUAAAGCUCUCAUGUUUCCAUAUCUCGACGCUAUCCUGAACUCCACAAUUCUCUACGCGCUAUUGCAUGGCAUGUACACCGGAAUUCUUGCUGUUUCGCUGUGGAAUAUAUGUGAGCCAAGAGCAUCUAUACUGCGGCAUCCAAGCCGACGUGAGUGGCACAGUCAUCAACAAAUUUGGUCAUUAUUAUGCUCCGCAUUCAUCGAAAACGGGCAAAGUUUUUGGACCGUAUUCUCGAAGCUUGUCAGUGGGAACCAAGCAGCCCCUUUGGAGAAGGGUAUUUUAUCCUUAAUGAGUACCAUUCUCGCAGACUCGUAUAUCAUUUGGUGCUGUUGUAUGGUUUUGGGACGGUACUGGCUUAUCGUUCUGCUUCCAAUCCUUUGCCUAAUUUCUGCAACUGUGUCGAAAAUUGUGGAAGUAUACUAUAAUGAACCAUUCCCUAUGCUCUACAUAUCCUUCGUCCUGGCGACGACAUUAUUGUGUACCUUGCUCAUGGUUAUCCGCAUAUUGACUGUUGCCGGAGUUAGGCCUAGGCGUGGAACAGAGGGUCGACUGAGAGUUUAUCACCGUUUCAUCGACGUGCUGGUGAAAUCCUCGGCUCUCUAUUCAAUAUCCCUGAUCCUAUUUUUGGCUUUUACCAUCCAUGACCCGGACGAUUUGGGACUGUAUUACUUUGGUGUCAUAGCUGAUAUUGCGAAGGGAAUCACACCAACGCUCCUCGCGGGACGCUUCACAACCAGACAUCGAGCCCGCCCAGAUGAUUCCUGGCAGGGAAGCGUGAUGGCAUUAACUUCAAAUAGGGAGCAAGAGCAAGAGCAUAGUCGAAUCAGAAUGAGCUCCCAGGAAGAUAGACCGACAAGCCUAGCCCCUGAUGACCUUGAGGCCCAAUGCUCGAUUUCUGUCAGGGAACCUUCUCCAACACCUCGCUCUGUCUCUGUCGUGGCCGAUCCUGCCAACCCAAACAUUGACGAUGCUCCAGAGAGCGAGACGUCUUCGCUUUACUUUGGGCAUCGCUUGAUCCUUCAUGACAGUUUACCCACUUAUGAGGAUGCAACCCACAUUUCUACCAUAUUGGACGAGGCAGCAGCUCCAAGUUGAUGAUGAUGUAGCCUUGAAAAGAGCAGGAGCAUUCGGUGGCAUGGUGUAUUCAAUUCUCGCAUUUUUCUCUUCCUGGUUUGGGCGUUUAUCUCCAUCCACAGUAAUUAUCGAGGCUUGAAUACGCAAUAGCUUAUCUUCUCUCAUUGGAGCCCUGACAUC